UCCUUUCCGGUCUUUUCCAAUCUUCCUCCACCGCUUCCGCCAUGGCCGCCACCGUCUCCAAAUUUCUAACUUUCUUCAUAAUCCUUAUAACCCACCUGCAUCUGAUUCAAGCUUCUGUCACUUAUGAUCACAGAUCUUUAAUCAUCAAUGGCCAAAGAAGAAUCCUCAUUUCUGGCUCCAUUCAUUACCCCAGAAGCACCCCUGAAAUGUGGGAAGAUCUUGUAGUUAAAGCUAAAAAUGGGGGAUUAGAUGUCAUUGACACUUAUGUGUUCUGGAAUGUUCAUGAACCUUCUCCUGGAACUUAUGAUUUCAGUGGAAGAUAUGAUCUUGUGAGGUUUAUAAAGACGGUAGCAGGUGCUGGACUUUAUGUCAAUUUAAGGAUUGGACCUUAUGUUUGUGCUGAAUGGAAUUUUGGGGGUUUUCCUGUGUGGUUAAAGUAUGUUCCUGGUAUCAUCUUCAGAACAGACAAUGAGCCAUUCAAGGCAGCCAUGCAAGGAUUCACACAGAAAAUAGUGGAGAUGAUGAAGGCUGAAAACUUGUUUCAAUCACAGGGUGGUCCAAUCAUUCUCUCCCAGAUUGAAAACGAGUAUGGUGCACAACGCAAGUCACUCGGACCAGGAGGAGAAGCCUACGUAAAUUGGGCAGCAAAAAUGGCGGUUGGCCUUAACACCGGAGUCCCGUGGUCGAUGUGCAAAGAAGACGAUGCACCCGACCCUGUGAUAAAUACUUGCAACGGAUUCUAUUGCGAUACUUUUACACCCAACAAGCGUUACAAGCCCACGAUGUGGACCGAAGCCUGGAGUGGCUGGUUCACGGAAUUCGGUGCACCGGUCGAGCAACGACCGGUUCACGAUUUAGCAUUUGCCGUGGCUCGGUUUGUACAGAAAGGUGGCUCGUAUUUUAAUUAUUACAUGUAUCAUGGCGGAACCAACUUUGGACGCACAAGCGGAGGACCAUUUAUCACCACGAGUUACGAUUACGAUGCUCCUAUCGAUGAAUAUGGCUUAAUCAGAGAACCCAAAUACGGUCAUUUAACAGAGCUUCAUAGAGCGAUUAAGCUAUGCGAACCGGCUAUUUUCUCUUCCGAUCCGAUAUACAUUUCGUUAGGAAAGAGGCAAAACGCAUACGUGUACGAAGGAAAUGGAACCUGCGCCGCAUUCCUCUCGAAUUUCGAAACAACUUCUGCUAUAAGAGUCGUGUUUAGAAACCGGCAUUAUAAAUUACCACCGUGGUCCAUUAGUAUCCUCCCCGACUGCAAAAACGUCGUGUUUAAUACAGCAAAGGUUGUAACUCAAACUUCGCGGAUGCAAAUGAUGCCCACGGGAUCUAGCAUACAGUCAUGGGAGACUUACCACGAAGACAUUUCUACGUUAGCGGACGGACCAUCGUUGAGUUCCUUUGGACUAUUGGAGCAGAUAAACAUCACUAGAGAUACAAGUGAUUACUUAUGGUACUCGACUAGUAUCGACGUCAAUCCGUCGGAAACGUUUCUUCGUGAAGGAAGAAAACCGACACUCGUGGUUCAAUCUAAAGGUCACGGAGUUCAUGUUUUUGUGAAUGGACAACAUUCAGGGUCUGCGUAUGGCUCGAGGGAGGACACGAGAUUUACGCUCCGUAAACCCGUCGAUCUCCACGGCGGAACAAAUCAAAUUUCUCUGCUUAGUAUGGCUGCUGGACUACCGAAUGUCGGGAUGCACUUCGAGGCACGGGAUACGGGAAUCCUAGGACCUGUCACGCUUGACGGACUUGACCAUGGAACAAUCGAUUUAUCGAGGGCGAGAUGGACUUAUAAGGUCGGAUUAAAUGGAGAGACGAAGAAUUUGAUUUCGCCUAACGGCCUCUCAUCUGUCGAGUGGAAUGGCGGUUCUUUGGUUAACCAUGUUCAACAGCCUUUGAAGUGGUACAAGGCUUAUUUCGAUGCACCGGAAGGCAACGAUCCCUUGGCUCUGGACAUGAAGAGUAUGGUUCGAGGUCAGGUAUGGAUCAAUGGUCAAAGCAUCGGAAGAUAUUGGACCGAGCACGCAAAGGGAAAGUGUGGCUUUUGCAAGUAUCCCGGAGCUUUCAGACCCGGGAAGUGUCAGGCAGGCUGCGGUGCACCAACCCAACGCUGGUAUCAUGUUCCAAGAUCGUGGUUAAAGCCCACGCAAAAUUUGUUGGUGCUAUUUGAAGAGGUCGGUGGGAAUAUCUCGAGGAUAUCUCUGGCGAAAAGAACACAGACACACGUUUGUGCUUCUACGUUUGAGCAUCAUCCGGUCACUGACAACUGGCAAACGGAGAGCUCGGGUGAAACUACUAUGCUUCACGACACUAAGGUCCGCCUGCGAUGCGGGCUCGGCCAAUCCAUAUCCGCAAUUAAUUUUGCAAGUUUCGGGACUCCAUUUGGAGGUUGUGGAGAUUUUCGACAGGGCGCUUGUCAUGCACCAAAUUCUCGUGACCUCAUGGAAAAGACAUGUGUUGGCCAGGAGAGUUGUGAAAUGACGGCCUCAAACGACUAUUUUGCAACGGACCCGUGUCCUAAAGUCUUGAAGAGGUUAUUGGUAGAAGCGGUUUGUUCGGUUAAACCAGCGUAGGCAGGUCUGAUGAUCGGAGCAAAGAAACUAGAGACUACCACAGCCGAUUUCACUUCCGUUUUCGGAUAUAAAAAGUAGGGUUAAUUUCAUGGAGGUAGCAACAAGAAGAAAUAAUGUAGAAUCUGGACACCAAGAAUAAAGUGAUUUUGUGUAGAUUUAAAGUGAUAAAUGUGUACAUGAUUUGCUACACAAAUGUACAAUUUUUAGUUAAGUGAGGGAGAUAAAGAUUUGAUUC